CCCGAUUAACCGAUACUAGUUACGUACUUACGUGGUCGGCGGACGUAUUCGUUUUUAUUUCUGUGGAAAUUUAGGUAAAGAUAAUGGAAUAUUUAAUUAAGUGUGGUAACACUGAGCCACCCACCAAAAGUCAGUCAAAUGUUUUUCCUUCGGCUACUGGAUUCUUUGUGAGGUUAUUUUUAAACUGAAAUCGUAAAACAACAUAAAUUCAUUUGUAAAUCAAAUACCAGCAUAUUAUUCUUAUUCAUACGUUAAAACUAUAUUUUUAAGAAAUAAAAAUGACUUCAUUUUCACGUUUGCAAAAAUUAGCAUUAUUAAGUUUGGGUGCUGUUGGCGGUGGUUUAGCAUAUUACCAUGUAAAUAGUGACAAGAAAAAGGGGAAAUUCGAAGUAUUUAAUUCAUGGACUACCAAUUACACUCCCAGCGUAAAAUGGGUGAAGAAUUGGGACCAUCGUGAGCCAGAAUCAAUUGUAAGGCCAGAGAGAGCAAACAAGCCAGAUGAUGAGAACCGUUACAACGAACAGUUGGAAAAGUCGAAGAGUAAAGCUGUGCGACAUAUUUUUCUAAUUAGACACGGACAGUAUAACUUAGAAGGUGCUACAGAUAAAGAAAGAAUACUCACUGAAUUAGGUAGAAAGCAAGCAGACCUUACAGGCCAGAGGUUAGCGUGCCUAGACAUCAAAUGGGACUUACUGGUGCGGUCCACGAUGACGAGGGCGCAGGAGACCGCUGCCAUCAUCGCCAAACACUUAGACAAGAACAUAGAGGUCAAAGACUGCCAGUUGAUAGAGGAGGGGGCUCCGGUCCCCCCUGAACCCCCCGUGGGGCAUUGGCGGCCGGAGGCGAAAUUCUUCCAGGACAGUGCUCGGAUCGAGGCCGCCUUCCGCCGCUACUUCUACCGCGCGCCGCCGGACCAGGUCGCCGAUUCCUACACGCUGCUGGUGUGUCACGCGAACGUAAUAAGAUUCUUUGUGUGCAAAGCCCUCCAAUUCCCACCGGAGGCGUGGCUUCGGAUAUCCCUGAACCACGGCUCCAUAACCUGGGUGUCCAUACUGCCCAACGGGAACGUCAUCCUUCGGGCCCUCAGCGACACAGGACACAUGGAGCCCAAGUAUAUCACCAGCCGGUAAAGCUGAGUUAGGUAUAUAGAGUAUUCACAUUUUAGUUCGUAGAAAUCGGAAUAGAAUAAGACGAUAGAAAUUCCAUAUUACCCGUGUCAUAGCAAACAAAAUGUAACAGAGCCGUGAGCCGCGGGCCUAGGUUGUAGGGGCAGGCCGUAAAAAUAUGCGUGCCAAUGGUCUUAUAACUGAACGCUGAGAACAGAAGAAAGUGGAAGAAAGAAGAAGAAUGUGUAUGAAAGCGGACCCCAGGUCCCAAAUAGCUUGACGGAGACUGCAGCUGGGACCACGGACAUAUGAGAGAAAAAAGGGCUAGAAAUGCCAUAUUAUACAUAAAACUUUAUGAAUGUACUAAUAAUGUAAUAUCUUAGAACUAUAGGUAGGAUAUGGUCUUGUAUCUCACGCUGUUUUAUGAGCAGACGUAUGGGUCUCAAAUAAAUCUCAGAAUGGAGAUGCAAAAUCUAAUGCUGUCUCAACCAUCAGUUGCGAGUACAUUCACCAGUACUUACCACUUCUAUAGUCUUAUAUUAUUCCGAAUUCUAUGGUUCGCUCGUUGUAGUUUGAUGGUGAUGGUGUUGGAGAAAUUCUGUUUAAACUAUUUAGUAAAUAAAUGCAAUUACUUUAUUGAGCGAUCGGCUUUGGGUUCGUAAUAUAGGUACAUAUAAACCUUCCUCUUGAAUCACUAUCUAUUCAAAGAACAUAAAAUACGUUGGGUAGUUUUGAAAAUUUAAGCAUACAGGAAUUGACAGCGUGAAACGUCUGCUUUAAUACUAUGUAAUAAGUGAUAGUCAUAUAGGUGUCACUUAUUGACGUCAAGCAGUAUCAUUCGGUAUCAUAAGUAUAAAUAUAAAAAGAAACGGAUUCGUCUACAAUCUCGGAUCCCAAAACAUUUUUGUACAUAUUUGAAUAGAAUUUCUCUAACGACAGUAGGUAGAACAUAUCUGAUGUAGCAUUUGUGAUUGGUGACCAAUGUUUGUGCCAACAUAAAAUUAAGGCUAGCCGCGCACUAGUCAUUUAGUUGUUUUGUAGUAGUGCGCGAAACAAAAGUAAUGCGAUCGCUCAAGACUAUAUUUGUAAAAAAAAUUACAAUAACAAUUAUAGAAUUCUUAUGCUCUUGAGCGGUUAUACUCGCUAUUUACAGAGUCGAAAUUGUAUACAUUUUUUUUUGGCUGUAAUUUAAUUGUAGUCUAGUAUUAUUUAAUAUCUGUAAAAAUCAAGCGAAUACUGUAAAGUAAAUGUGAAAUUUUAAACAAAUUAUAGUUUAGCAAAUGUAUUUAUAAUUUAAUGAGUUUUUUUAAUGUGCCUUCCGUAUUAAUGUGUUCAGAUUUUGAGUAAAUUUUCUAGUAUAAUUCAUAAUACAUUAUAAAUACAGUACCGCUUAUCAGUAAAUAAAUAGAGCUUGUUGUAAUAUAAUAACUGUAACAUUUCGUUCCUACGCUCACAAUAUUAUGCGUUUUAAGACUACUCGUACAUAAUAUUUAGUGGAUUUUUUAAUGGAUUUGUAGUGUUUGAUUUGUUACCCGUUAUGCAACUCAGAUAAAAGCCGCGUACAUACCAUAGAUGCGAUAUUCCAAUUUUUUUAUACAAAUUCAUCCAACUUAUACGUAUAUGUACUUGUAUGACAUACAAUUUCAAUUAAGACUCGAAAGUUAAAAUUUAAAGAAGAUCUACACAACAUUAUAACUUCAUUUGAUUGAUAAAUUGAAUUUAUUUAAUGGUUCCUGUUACAAGUCUGAUUGGCUUUUUGUGAUAUCAAUUACGCUACAUAAAGGGAUGUACACCAUUAAAAUAUUAGUCUUUUUGUAUCUGAAUUACAUGGGAACUACAGAAAUAGAUUCGCCCACCAUUAAUCCAUAUUGUUAUACAUAAACUGUUUCCGUGAUGUAGUCUGGGUGUUUAUUGGUUCAGAGAUGUUGGGUUCAAAUACCGUGGGAAACAUUUUAUUUCGGGGUUGGCAGUACAACGGUCUAACCCUUUAUAAUGUAUUACAUUCGGGGCCAGAUACCAAAUAAAUAGUUUACAAAAACUAUAGUAUAAUAAUUCAAAGACAAUGGUUUAUAUAGGCAGGCGCUUAGGUGGUCAGUUUGUAAUCUGCUCAGAUUGUACAUGGAUUAUUUAAUGAUAAACCUGUACUUACUGUUACUAACAGGCAUUUACCUAGUCUCUACUCUGAAUAGAUGUAUAAAUGAUGAAUGUUUUUCUUUAUUCUCUUUUAACUUUUUUAUUUACCAACAGGAAUCAUGAACCAAAUCGAAGACCGUUUUUAACAGAGAAAACUUGCGAAGAGAAUUUGAAAGCGCGGUCAGAUAAUACUUGAAUUAGAAAUUAAUUUAAUAAAUGAUAAUCGAAUGCGUUAGAUAUGCCGACACAUAUGAAUAUUGUUUUAACUUCACAAAGACAAGUCUAAAAAUAGCUCCUUUAAAACCUUGUUUAAUUACUCGUGCUUUUUGCAACUCGGUCAAAUUAUGGCCUGACAUAAAGUCAUAAUUUAAAGUGACAUGAAUAAGAUUCUUUGAUAACAGUCGCUUGAUAUGACUUGAAUGUUUUAAUUGAUCUAGGUAGAAUCGUUUACAGAAAAUAUAAAAUAAGAGUUUUUUGUUAAAUAAUGCGAGAUCUAGAUCAUUAGAUCUAUGUUUUGACUUUUAUUAAGAAGGGGAGUUUUCACUGCCAAUUGUUACGAUGCUGUGAUUCAAAUAUGAGUACUUAAGUACUUAGUGGAAAGAAGAAUGAUAAAAAGAUAAAGCAAUUCAUCCAUACUAAAAUUAUAAAAGCGAACUUAUUACCAAACGUCGAAAAAAAUUGUCGUUUUAUUAUUUUGGAUAAAGUAGCUAGGUAUAUACUUCUCGUGGCUUCGCUAAAUGUAUUCGCGUAUUGUAGCAUAAUUAUGUGGUAUUUUGCUGUUUAAUUCAGUCGAUUUUGCUUACAGAUAACAUAACGUACAAACUUGUUUAUGCAUUUAUAAUAUUAGUAUGGAAACAUGAAGAUUUAAUCUGUUAGUAAUACCAAUUAUGUUUGAAGCUUCGGUUACCACGUUUCAGAGGGGUUAUUCACAAAUGUAUCUAUGUAAGGCAAAUAUCUUCUGCCACCUCUUUUUAACUUUGCGGUUAGCCUUAUGAUAGAAAGAGAGGGAAGAUAAGUUCUUGCAGCGCACGUGAAUUGUCCCUCAGGUGGUCCUUGCUUCUUAUUAUAGUAAUACAUCAUUUGAUUAAGAAGCUUGACCAGGAAUAUAUCAGGCCCAUUUUCUAAAACAAGUCGGGUUUAUAUUUGACAAAAAUAUACUAUUGUGUUAUCACCUCACUUUUACUCUAAUGUGAUAUAACUAUUUGGUGCUUUAAGAAAGAGCGUCAGUGGUCGAAUCGGUAAGGUGCCCGGUUCAAAUGAAAGAUUCGCAAAAAACCACUGGUUCGAAUCCCACCUCGGCCAUGUACCAAUGUCAAUUUUCAAGGUUUAUUCACUUUAGUUUAAAUACUAACCGAUGCUCUUAAGAUAAGGGGAAAAAACAUCGUAAGAAAACCUACUGCUGUAUCAGGCAACUGAAUGUGUGUAAUCAUUAUCCAACACGGGUUAGGUUCCCCUGCAGAGGGUCAGAUAAGAAUCCCUUCGUGUAAAAACCUGACUCACCCUAUGCAUGAUCCAUGGUCAAAGGCCUAUACCCCGGGCUCCUUUCCAGGGUGGUGUGAGGAUGUGAACGGGACUAACGUCAUGAGGAAAAAGAUGCUUUAAGAAAUGCUGAACAAGCGCCUUCAUUGACAGGUCAGCUAUAUUUCUGGUCAAGUUUUUACUAUAUCUUGUUAAUAUCUGUUGCCAUAAUACCUCUGAAGUGUUAUAAUUAGUGUCCGACCGAAGGUCUAUUUUUGGCCGAAGCCGAAGCCGAAGCCGAUUAAUCGGCUAUCGCCACAACCUUCGGCCGAAGCCGAAGCCGAAGCCGAAGGUUUAUAUUCUCUCAGCACUCAGUAAUUAAUUUUGUUCAAUAUUGUCUACAAGCUACAAUUAAUAUUAAAAUCAUUUCAAAACCUCAAUAUUGAAGGUUUAUAUAUUGACUGUCUCAUAUAGAAGUUGAUGAUAUAUCAUAGAGGUGGUUGGUUAAGAGAUAAACUAGCUGUUGCCCGCGACUUCGUCCGCGUAAAUUUCGAGUUGAAUUUUAAUCAUACAGUCAGAUACAGACAGACAAAAAAUGUAAAAAAAAAAUUCUCUAUCCGUUUCAGUCAAAAUAUUAAAUGUACAGAAAAAAUAUUUUUACCGUUUUAUUAUAUGUAGUAUUUUGAUUUUCAGUUUUUUUACAUAAAAUACUCAAACAAUACAAAAAAAAUAUAUUUUUAAUAAUAAAAAAUAUCUUGUAAUUGUUGGGAUUCGAACUUGGACCGCCAACUUCACAGUCUCACGGGCUAACCACUGGACCAUCGAAGCCGUUGCGUUGGUGUCGAAAUUAAAGUAGACUACAUACAUAUGGUCACGUCUUUAUCCCUUGCGGGGUAGACAGAGCCAACAGACUUGAAAAGACUGAAUGGCCACGUUCAGCUAUUUGACUUAAUGAUAGAAUUGAGAUUCAAAAAGUGAUAGGUUGCUCGCCCAUCGCCUAAAAAAGAAUCCCAAGUUUGUAAGCCCAUCCCUUAGUCGCCUUUCACUUAUAUUUAUAUGUUAUAGGUAUAAUGCCGUCGUAUAAUGAUAAAUGACUUUGAAUUUUUAAUUUCGUAACUUAUUUGCCGGCAUACUGAUACCUUGAGUUAAUUCAAAUGUCGAUAACUUUUUUUUUGUGAACCGAUUUUGAUGAAACAAACUUUAAAUGUUAUUCUGAGUUAAAACAAAGCAAUUGGUGAAAGUUUGAAGUAAAUCGGUUUAGUACUUUCGGAGAUAAUCGUGAUCAUACAUACAGACAGACAGACAAGAAAUUAAAAAAAAAUAUUUUUGCUUUCUAUUAUUCAUUCUAAUUGUCCCUCUAUCCAUUUCAGUCGAAAAUACUAAAUGUACAGACAAAAUAUUUUUACUGUUUUAUUAUAUGUAUAGAUAAAAGUUUGUGAUUUACCUACUGGUAAAAAUAAUGAUUUGACUUCUUACAAAAACACUCGUUUAAAUACACGUACGGACUUGUUUUGAUGCAUGCAAUCAGCAAUGUGAUAUUUUGACAGUGACUCCCCGCCGCCUCAUGACUUUCAUAACAGUUCGUUCAAUCUCGACGGUCGCUCGGACCUUCGGCGGAACCUUCGGCUUCGGCCGGAUUUUGGGCCGAAGCCGAAUGUUUCGCCGAAGGUGGAUUUUUUGGCCGAAGGUGGCCGAAGCCGAAGCCGAAGCCGAAGCUUCGGUCGGACACUAGUUAUAAUUCAAUAUCAUGUAUCUAUAUAAAAUAAGCUGUAAGUAUUUUGAUAUGUUAAAAAAAAAUAUUUGAAAUA